AUGCUGUUUUUACUGCUGAUAUCACAGCUAUUGACAGUACUGGCUCUAGCUCAAGAUUACUAUUCAAUUCUCGGAUUAAACAAGGAUGCUUCUGAUAAAGAUGUUAAAUCUGCCUAUAGACAACUAUCCAAGAAGUACCAUCCUGACAAGAAUCCUGGCGACGAAAGUGCUCAUCAAAGAUUUAUAGAAGUCGGUGAAGCCUAUGAAGUGUUGAGUGACCCUGAAAAGCGUGGAAUUUUUGACCAGUAUGGUGCAGAUGGGCUCAAGAACGGCGCUGGUGGUGGUGGUGGUCCUGGUGGCGGAUUUGGUGGAUUCCAUGAUCCCUUUGAUAUCUUUGAACAAAUGUUUAACCGUGGUGGCGGCGGUGGUGGAUUUGGUGGUGGAUUUGGUGGUAUGCAUAGAGGCAAGGGACCAAGUCUACGUGUACAUGAAGAAUUAUCACUAAAGGACUACUACAGUGGUACAGGCGUUGAAUUUGAGCUAAUGUUAAAUGAUAUCUGUGACCACUGUGAAGGUAGUGGAUCUGAAGACGGAAAAGUGGAAACUUGUCCAGAUUGUGGCGGCCAAGGUAUUCUGAUUCAAAUAAUUAGAAUGGGUAUAAUGACUCAAAGGAUCCAGCAACCAUGUGGACGUUGUAGUGGUAGAGGUCACAUCAUAAAGAACCAAUGCAAAGCUUGCGGAGGACACAAAGUCGUUAAAAAGCCAAAAUCAUUCCAAGUUGAAGUACCUGCAGGGGCUCCUAGAGAUCAUGUCGAAGUUAGGCACCAAGAAGCUGAUCAAAGUACUGAUAUGGAGGCAGGUGAUAUCUUUGUAGAGUUUACAGAAAGCGACAAGAAUAAUAUGGGUUACAGAAGAAGAGGUGACCAUUUGUUCCGUACCGAAGUUCUAAGUGCUAGAGAGGCAUUGGCAGGUGGCUGGUCAAGGGAAAUUGAAUUCCUUGACGAUGCAAAGAAAGUUAAACUACAAAGGCCAAAGGGUAACAUUGUCCACCACGGUGAAAUUGAACAAAUCCCAGGGUUUGGUAUGCCCAAAGGUAGUAGUGGUAAAUCCUUUGGUGAUCUUUUCGUUGAAUACGCUGUUGUAAUGCCUGCGCAAUUCAAGCAAACUAACCAGUGGAUAAGAGAUGAGUUGUAA